AUGUCGCACACUCCCGACCUCGAGCACAAAAGGAAGCGUUCUGCCAUUGACAGCGGCGGCCAGCUCAGCUAUCCCUCACCGCAGCAGAAUCCUCUCCAACAGAGCCAUGCUGGAUACAUCAACUUUCUACCCAGACCAAACGCUGAGCGUCUGGCUCUUAUCCAGGGCGAUGGGGAUACAUUUGCAGAUAUUCUAACUCUUCUUGCCGACUAUGAGGGUGUGCUGGACCGGCAGGAGAGCCUCGCAGCCAACCUUGGCGCAAAGCUCACAGGGCCUCGAAUCAUUAAAGGUAUCGAGCGUUUCUUUGAUGGUCCAAUAAAAACCAACGCGACAUCGCCGUUUGCGAAUCCCAUCAGCUGGAUUGAUGUUGUUUCACACGCCAAGGCGCAUCCCAACGAAUUUGUCUUUGCCACACUUCCCAACGGCACUCGAUGCUGCCAAUUUCACUUCAAAGGUCUACAGUGCGAAAUUGGAGAAGAUGACUGGCGAUUGAUCUCCUCUGGUGCUCUCGACCGAUUUCCGCUCGAGCACCCGUUUGAGGAAGACGAGACGGCAGAGCUGGCCACCUUGGAUAUUCUCGAGUCCAGGGCAUCUGUCUUGUACAAAAGGGCCGACGAAGUGGCCGCUAGGGCGCGGAUACUACAUCAUCGCAUAGGACAACGAAAGCAUGAUCUCUCUAGGCGACGCAAUGCGGAAAACGGCCAGCGAUAUCCGUCGACCGGUGGCGUUCCACCUUCUCGACUUACGGCUUCCGGCGCGCCAUAUGACCUUCACGCCGACCUCCUACAGCAGUUCCAUGCGGCAUCGACGCCAGUCACAGUACCGACGUCUCGCUCACAAUCUGUAGCUGCUCUGUCACCGGUAGGAGUUUUGCCUAUUUCCCCAUCCGUUGCAUCGCCACACCCUACUCAGCACCGGCUGUCCGUAACCUCGGGCCGCUCCGGCAGCAGCGGUCACCCGACCGAAAACUCGGCCAUGACAGAAAUGGAUCAUCGCGCCGAGUUUAUGCGCUCGCUCGUCACACAAAAGGCGGAGAAGCUGCAGCGUGGCGAUAUCAUCAGCCCAGCGUGCGAUCGCUGUCGGCGGCUGCGCUUGCACUGCGUCAAGCAUCUCACCGCCUGCCAAGGGUGCACCAAGAAGCAUGCGAAAUGCACUUGGCGCACAGUGACGGAAGAGGAGGCGACGCUUCUGAGGCGCGAAAUGGGCAUUCGUGUGGAGCGCGAUGCGCAGGUGGCCUCGGAGGGUAUAUCACCGCCUGAUGAGCUCCCCGCGCCACUCGCCAUGGAUGGCAUGACGAUCCGCCCUAGCAGUCGCGCGGAGACGGAUAUCAGUGCCUCCAUACAUUCCACGGCGUACAGUCCCGGGCCGUUUUCUAGUGCCCGGUCCGAUCUCAGCGCCGAACCAGGCAGGAUGAGCUUGCCGCCGGUGCUAUCCGGCCUGUCCGGUCCGCCGCCGAUGCAAAGAGGGCGCGACCCGUCACGGCUGAACCAGGUGGCAUCGAUGUUGACGGAGGGCAACUACAUGCGGCCGCCAUAUCCUCCAGCGCAGCAGCCUCCUGCACCGCCGCCGCCGCCGCCGCAUUGA